AUGUUAAAGAAUUGCCUGGCCAAAGUGGCGGAGGACAACCCAAGGAGAUGGGCAGAGUUGCUAUCUGAAGUCUUAUGGGCAUUCAGGACAUGGCAACGAAUAAGUACUGGGACUACGCCAUUCACCCUGACUUAUGGGCAUGAUGCAAUCUUACCUAUGGAAAUAAGCGUCAAGUCUACCAGGGUGGCAUUCCAACAGAGGUUCACACCGGCUACCUAUAGUGAAGCCAUGUUGGUUGAGCUUGAAGACUUGGAUGAAGAGCGCCUCGUGGCCUUUGACCGGAUACUAGCAUCUAAGGAAAAGUUGGCGACGACCUAUAACAGAAAGGUGGUUGCUAAGAACUUCCAGAAAAGAGAUCUGGUGCUAAAAGCCAUCCUGCCAAUUGGUUCUAAGGAUCCUGCCUAUGGUAAAUGGUCCCCUAUUUGGGAGGGGCCAUUCAUGGUGCACCAAGCACUCAGGGGCGGGGCCUAUAGGAUAAAGGAAGUAAAAGGGGCUGUCCAUUUGAAGCCCAUCAACAGAAAGUUUCUAAAAAGGUACUACUCCACGAUGUGGGACCUGGGAUGA